GGCCGAGGUGCAAAACGAAAAUGAACGCAUUUCCCAAGACUUUUUUGGUGCAUAUUGGAAUACUGGCUCUAGUAACAGCCGAAUAUACAAGUUCAUCUGAUCCUUAUCCUGCAGUCAAUUACCCACUAGCAGCAGCCGUGCCAGAUGGUUCCCGUAUAGGAGGUACUGCUGGAGGAAGUGCUGUUGUGGUAGGCACCUCUGGCUAUGGGGGCUUUACGCCAUAUGUUGGUGGACCGGUUUACGGAGGAGUGCCAUCAGUCGUACCUCCACCUGCAUUUGGACUCUCGCCACUUUGUACAAAACUGGAGAACGUUAAAGCAAAACUAAUUCAAAUUACAGAGCCAUUGUUUGUUGUUGGAAUUAGCAUAUCCUUGUUUUGGCUACUUAAAAAUCUCUUUGGGCCACAAAUUGGCGAUUUUGCCUCUGAUUUUAAAAGGAGGAUGGAUGAUGAAGACAUGCUCGACAGAAUUUCGAAUGAUGUUGCGAGAGCACUUUCUGAAGGGAUUUGCACCCAGAAAAUCGCUUGCUCUUUAGGUAUAUCUUCCCGGCAAAUCCCAGGUCUCAAAACAUUAGCAAAAAUAAUCCCGAAAAAAAGGGCGAAGCAUGUAGCAUUCAUAGACGUAUGGCAAACAGUAGCUGCAGGAAAACAAAGCAAUUGUGAAGCAUAUUCUUGUUUUACACAACUACAAUGAAAAACGUUUU